GUUGGCCUCUGGGGCCGGGAUGGCGCGUGUGCUCCCGGCACCGGGGGACCAGGGACGCUUCCUCGGGUGCGAGUUCGCCUUGGCGCUCUGCCCGGGAGGGGCGACUCCUUCUUGCAGCCACUGAGCGGAGCCGCAGGGAGGGGGAGCUGUGCCACCGCGGUCGCCUUGCUCCGUACGGAGAGAGGGCGGAGGGCGUGACCGUGCGGCGCGAUCCACGCGGGCACCCGCGGAGCCCGAGGCGCAACUAGUGCGAGGAGGGUGCAACGUUGCGCUCGGGCCGCGCACCCCCGGGUGGCUUUGCAAGGCGGGGCGGCGAGUGCGCAGGGCCGGGCCUUUGCAUGAAGCCUCUGGACCCCUCGGAGCAGCGGCAGCGGCGGCGGCGGAGCCCGGCGGAGCGCAGUCCGAAGCGGGCGGCCCCGGGGUCCGCGUCCUGGUGCCUACGCGGCUGCGGACUCCCCCAUGGGCUGCUGCUGAGGCUUCCCGCAGCGGAGGGGCGCGGGCCGGGGGGCGCGGUUGAGACCCGGAGGCGGCGGCGCCGGAGGAAGCGCAGAAGGCCGGGCCCGGGAGGCGGCCAGCACCUCGCCGCAGCCCCGGGCUCGCCAUGCUCCUGGCCUCGGCCGUGGUGGUGUGGGAAUGGCUGAACGAGCACGGCCGCUGGCGUCCCUACAGUCCAGCCGUGAGCCACCACAUCGAGGCGGUGGUGCGCGCUGGUCCCCGCGCCGGGGGCAGCGUGGUGCUGGGCCAGGUGGACAGCCGGCUCGCACCCUACAUCAUCGACCUGCAGUCCAUGAACCAGUUCCGCCAAGACACGGGGACCCUCCGUCCAGUUCGCAGAAACUACUACGACCCAUCCUCGGCCCCUGGGAAGGGUGUGGUGUGGGAGUGGGAGAAUGACAAUGGUUCCUGGACGCCCUAUGACAUGGAAGUCGGCAUCACCAUCCAGCAUGCCUAUGAGAAGCAGCACCCAUGGAUAGACCUCACUUCCAUUGGCUUCAGCUACAUAAUAGACUUCAGCACCAUGGGCCAGAUCAACAGGCAGACCCAACGCCAACGCCGUGUCCGCCGCCGACUAGACCUCAUCUACCCCAUGGUCACGGGCACUGUACCAAAGGCUCAGUCCUGGCCAGUCAGCCCAGGGCCGGCCACGCCCUCCCCUGCACCACCUUGCUCCUGUCCACAGUGUGUUUUGGUGAUGAGUGUCAAGGCUGCUGUUGUCCAUGGGAGCACGGGGCCCCUUCACCCUCCAGCAGCGCGAAAAAACAUCGCCCCCUCUGGAGUGGGCAAGCUGCCCCAGCCACCUGGCCCUGGGGCAAAGCCACUAGACACCACUGGCACCAUCCGGGGCCCAGGGAAGACUGCCCCAUCCCAGGUGAUCCGGAGACAAGUCUCUAACACGCCAGCUGGGGUGACUGUAGGCUCCCCCGCCAGCCCACAGGGAAGCAACCGGAAGACUGGAAGGGUGGCCCUGACCACGUUGAAUCGGUCCAAUCUGCAGCGACUGGCCAUUGCCCAGUCCCGGGUGCUGAUUGCCUCGGGGGUUCCCACUGUGCCUGUGAAAAACUUGAAUGGGUCCAGCCCUGUUAAUCCUGCCUUGGCAGGAAUCACCGGGAUCCUCAUGAGUGCAGCGGGAUUGCCUGUGUGUCUCACUCGUCCACCAAAGUUGGUCCUCCACCCGCCCCCUGUCAGCAAGAGUGAGAUAAAGUCCAUCCCAGGGGUCUCUAACACAAGCCGCAAGACCACCAAAAAACAGGCUAAGAAAGGUAAAACCCCAGAGGAAGUGCUAAAGAAGUAUCUGCAGAAGGUCCGGCACCCACCAGAAGAGGAUUGUACCAUCUGUAUGGAGCGCCUCACAGCCCCCUCUGGCUACAAGGGCCCACAGCCCACAGUCAAGCCUGACCUGGUAGGAAAGCUGUCGAAGUGUGGCCACAUCUACCACAUCUACUGCCUGGUGGCCAUGUACAACAAUGGGAACAAGGAUGGAAGUUUACAGUGCCCAACAUGUAAGACCAUUUAUGGCGUGAAGACAGGCACCCAGCCUCCAGGGAAGAUGGAGUACCACCUCAUCCCCCACUCCUUGCCUGGCCAUCCGGAUUGCAAGACCAUUCGGAUUAUCUACAGUAUCCCCCCUGGCAUUCAGGGACCAGAACAUCCGAAUCCUGGGAAGAGCUUCAGCGCCCGUGGCUUCCCACGACAUUGUUACCUUCCAGACAGCGAGAAAGGGAGAAAAGUUCUGAAGCUGCUUCUAGUGGCCUGGGACCGCCGUCUCAUCUUUGCCAUUGGAACCUCCAGCACCACGGGCGAGUCUGAUACUGUCAUCUGGAAUGAGGUGCACCACAAGACAGAAUUUGGCUCUAAUCUCACUGGCCAUGGCUACCCAGAUGCCAAUUACCUGGAUAACGUGCUGGCUGAACUGGCUGCCCAGGGUAUCUCUGAAGACAGCACUUCCCAGGAAAAAGACUGAGGAGGGAGGGUACUGGGGACCCCAGGGCAGGAAAUGGAGAGUCAAGGUGGAGGUUGAUGCCAUGCCUCCUGACUCCCUCAUUCCCCUUCUUGUAUUAUCCCCACCUCUCAUCUCUCUCAGUCACAGAGGGAGCUAGAUUAAGGUGAUAUCAUUCAUAAACUUCAUCUAAUGCAAACAAGAUGUGGGGUGAGGACCAACCUCUUUCUGUCCCCAUGGAGUCUCCAGUACUGGUUAGGCAAGAACAUGCACCUCUCCCCACCCUAAGCAGGGGUUACAGUCAGCACACUUAACGUAGUUAAGGUAGUGUUGAGGCACUCCAUGUCCUGGCCUUGUGAAGCUGAGAUCCCUUGCCUCAGCUGGCUUCUUGCUGCUUCAGCUCUGUGUUGAGGGUUGAGUUUCUGCUUCUUUUUCUCCUACACUGGAGUGAGGGAGCUCUCACUGUGCGAGAUUGGGGAGAGGGGUGUAAACUGCUGUGACAUCAGAAAUUGGAUGCUUUGGUGCAGAGUAAGGAAGCCGUUCAUGUUAAGAGGGUCAGAGUCAAAUGCCUCUGGGAGCAUGUCUCUAGUGAGGAGUCUGGGCCCUCCCUUCCUCCUCAUUCCAUUGACCUGUCCAUAGGUAUCUGAUUCUCUCAAGUGGAUGGAAGGACUCAGGGAUUCCUCUCUGGGGAGGCAUCCCAUGAUGCUGUUUCCAACCAACUGCUCUCUGAUCCAAUGAGAGCCUGCAUCUCACCAAGCAUCUGCACUAUCCUCAGGGAGAGGAGCCCAUAGCCUCCUUCCCAACUCAUUUCAAACCAGCUCAGUUUCAUCAAGUCACUGUGAGUUGGAGCCCACAGCAGGCUCUUUGCCAUCUGUGUAUGUGCAUAUGUUUGUGUGGGUGUAUGUGCGUUACUGGGCCAGGUUAUUGGGACAGUCAUCAUUUCUCUGAAUUCUGUUUCACAAGCCAAAUCUCAAUUCCGUUGGGGAUCCCAUAGUAAAGGUGUGGCCCUUUGACUUCUCUCACCCUUUCCCAGCCCAUCUCAUGAUAAACUUGGACCUUGAUGGACACAGAAUUGUACUUGGGAAGAUGUGUUGAUGCAAGAGCUAAGAUGGAUCCUUCUCUUAUUAAUAUUAGAUCAGAGCCAGCUUCCAUUCAGUCUUGUUUGUAUGAGUGCUCAAUUCAUCUCCCUGAAGAUUGCUAAUUCAAGGCCAGAGAUAUUGCUAUUCCCCAUCCGAGCCCCUUUCUCCAGUCUCCAUUUAGUAUAGAUUGGCCAAAACCAUGGUGACAGAAGCCUCUUUAGUUCAUUCCUAACAUAGUUAGGAACACAUUCUGAUCUUCUCUAAACACCAUCUGGGUGGUGUCCCAAGAUCCAAUCUAUCACCAACAUUUCCUCAACUUUGGCUCCAUUAAAGAAUGGAUUAGGUGUCAAGUAAGAGAGAAUGAAGAGUCAAGAAGGGAAACCAAUUUCCCCUUUGGAAGUGGGUUCUUUGAACUCUGUGUUUGGAGAAAGUUCCUCUGGAUACUAAUUUGAACUAAUAUACCUCAUGUCUUGAGGAUUUAACUAUAUUUCAUAAGAUUUGAAAGGUUUUUAUAGCUUGAGGGGCAAAAAGAGAAAUUAAACAACCUCCACAAUGGUAAUUAAGUUAGGACUGAAGUCCACACUUUCAUGCCACCCUGCACCAGAGAUGCCUCCUGUUGGGCUUCCACUAUUGUUGACAUUGCUGUGGCCAGUAGAAUCACCCAAGUGUCCCUAACCAAGUUCCCUGGUGCUGAGUUUUCUUUUCACUCUACAAAUGACUAAUGGAAUUUUGAUUUCCUCCCUCUAGGGGGAGCUGUGGUAGGAGCAAAUGUUCUGCCAUUUUAGUCCAACCUGUCCUAUCAAUGGGAGGCCAUUUUGUCUCACUAGCAGAACAAAAGAUUGCUGAGUUCACUGAACCUCGGGGAAAACUCCCGCCAAAGUAGAGAAAGACGCAUCAGAACUAAGUGGAGGGCACAUAUCCUUGGGGGUUAAAGCCACACCCUUUCAUCAGGUUACUGCAUUUCAUUGAGGGCUUACAAUCACUUUUGCCUUCAGUACCCUUUGUUACCUACCUUCCCUGCUUCUUGGCGACAGGGAUGAGAAAUCCAGACUGGGAGUCGAGGGAUAGGAAAGUGAAGCAAUGUAAAGCAAAGAAAUGAAAAUAGGCUCUGAGGUGUGGGAAUAGACAGCGGGGAAUGUUUUCAUAAGCUGAGGAAGCAGAUGCAGGAAAAGUGUUGCACAAGGCAGAAGACAAACCCAGAAGGACAUCUCAGGGAGAUGUUCUAGAAGAAAAACCAUUUUAAGGGUUAGUUUUCACGCCUUCAAGAAUUUCCCCCAGAGGACAUUUAAAAUGUCUAUGCCUCGUUUCCUUCUUCGCUGAGGAUGCUGUGACCCUCAAGUCACAUUCUUUCAACUUUCUGGUCUAAUGGAACCUUGACAAUCUCAACAGUGUGUCAGUCAAAGUGGUGGCCGGUACCUUACUCUUUCUCUUGUGACAACCCAAAUAUGUGCAGAAUUGAUUUCAGUGACAUUAGGCCCUGGGCACCAGCUACUUUGACCCUGAGUGUUUUCCCAAGAGAAGCCCUGUGUGUUCUACUGGGCCAAGCAGGAGUCCCAUGCUUUUUCUUUCAUGGUCUCAGUACCAGCAGCCAUGUUCUCUCUCCGUGAGACUCCAGGGGUGACAAAUGGGAUUGGAGACACACCUUGUGAGAUGCUUAUCCCUUGAAAAGCUCUGUAGUAUGUCUGUGGUUGUCUGUGCCUUUGUGCUUCCGUUCCCCUCUCCUUUUUGUAAGAUUCAGACUUCUGUGUGCUUUUAUACUUGGGUCAAAAGUACUUGUCCUGGUAUCGCACUGUUGUGUGCAUGAGAAGAUUGGGAAAAGGCUGCUGUGGCCCAAGAAAUAACCACUGCCCCCCUUUGUUUGUUGGCGUUCACUUAUAUCUCAUUGGGAGUUUCUGGGAGAGGGCUGGUGAAUGUCCAGAUGUCAGGUGUUCUGUUUGUAAGUGCUGUGAUUUGAAGUUGUUGGUGUCGUUCUGUGGGAGGACAUCGCCCCCUGGUGCUCAUGAGGUGUAUGUGCAGAACAAUAAACGGCAAAUGAAUAAGCACAAA